AUGUUGGCUGCUCGCUCCUUCGCCGCCCCAGCGCGGCAAUGCCUGCGCCAGGCUAACCGCGCAAGAUGGGCGCCCGCGCUCUCCCAGGUGAGCUUCCAGUGGGACAUGGUCUCCGCCCGAACAUACGCCUCCGAGGUGGCCAAGUUCCACGGAACCAAGGGCAGCGACGGCAAGUACUCUGUCACUCUCAUCGAGGGUGAUGGUAUCGGUCCCGAGAUUGCGCAGUCGGUCAAGGACAUCUACUCGGCCGCCAAUGUCCCAAUCAAGUGGGAGUCGGUCGACGUCACCCCGCGCCUGAACGAGGACGGCAAGACGGUCAUCCCUGACGAGUCCAUUGCCAGCGUCAAGAAGAACUUGGUCGCCCUUAAGGGCCCGCUUGCGACCCCCAUCGGCAAGGGCCACGUCUCUCUCAACCUUACUCUCCGCCGUACCUUCAACCUCUUCGCCAAUGUCCGUCCCUGCAGAUCCAUCGCCGGUUACAAGACACCCUACGACGACGUCGACACUGUCCUGAUCCGUGAGAACACCGAGGGAGAAUACUCUGGUAUUGAGCACAUUGUGGUCGAUGGCGUUGUACAGAGCAUCAAGCUCAUCACCCGCGAGGCCUCUGAGCGCGUUCUGCGAUAUGCUUUCCAGCACGCCCGCGACAUUGGCAGGAAGAAGGUCCGCGCUGUGCACAAGGCCACCAUCAUGAAGAUGUCCGACGGUCUCUUCCUCAGCACUGCCCGCGAGAUUUCCAAGGAGUUCCCCGACAUCGAGUUCGACGCCGAGUUACUGGACAACACCUGCUUGAAGAUGGUUACCGACCCUGUCCCCUACAACGACAAGGUUCUUGUCAUGCCCAACUUGUAUGGAGACAUUCUCUCCGACAUGUGCGCCGGUCUCAUUGGUGGUCUCGGUCUUACUCCUUCCGGCAACAUCGGUGACAACUGCUCCAUCUUCGAGGCUGUCCACGGUUCCGCGCCCGACAUUGCUGGCAAGCAGCUCGCCAACCCCACCGCGCUUCUUCUCAGCUCCAUCAUGAUGCUGCGACACAUGGGCCUCACCCAAGAGGCCAGCAACAUCGAGCAGGCCAUCUUCAAGGUCCUUGCUGAGGGCAAGACCAUCACUGGUGACCUUGGCGGCAAGGCCAAGACCUUCGAGUACGCCGACGCCGUUAUCAAGGCCCUGAAGUAG